AUGGAGAUUGGAUGGGUUGUAAGAAAGAAGAGGAGCAGGAGAGUUCCUAUAGCCAAGUAUGACAUGUUCAAAAUGCUACCAAAGGAACUCCACAUUGAAAUAAUGAAGCGUCUUGUUGUUAAGCACCUUUCGAUGGCCAUGUGUGUGUCAAAACCAUGGCGCAACCUCAUUCUUAGUUCGUGUGUCCCAACAUCAUCUUUGGCCACUCGUAACCUUGACCACAUUGAUUACAUAGAGAAUGAGGGAAAAGACAACAAUGGUCAAUAUUCCUUUCAAUAUCGAUUCUCGAGCUUAGUCAACGACAUCAAUCCCUUCCCAUUCAAGGACACAAUUCAUCUUUUCAGGUGGUGCUCUAAGGUAAUAGGUUGCAACUUUGAUUUAUCCAAACACAUCAUUGGUUCCUUCAAUGGAUUGCUCUUGUUUUGCCACAAUGAAGGUCGAACUGGGAACCAAACAUAUGGGUCUUGUCACUAUUACGCGAUCAACCCUAUCACCAAGCAGUGUGUGGCUGUGUUGAAUCCUCUACCACACUCCACGCCUUAUUCUUCCUAUGUUGCCCUUGCCUAUGAUCCUUCGGAGUCAUGGUAUUUUAGGAUUGUGCAAUUCAAAUGUUGUUGUCAUGUGAAUGUUUUCUCUUCAGAGACAGGGUGUUGGACUAGUUUGAGUCUUCAAUUGCCUCAAAAUGUGACUGAGGCUACAUGGGAUAAGAAAUUAGUGUACUCUAAGGGUGCAAUUUAUUGGCUAUCUACAUCAGGGCAUGUGAUAAAGCUUCUUUUGAAUGCACAAGAGAGUGCAAAGUAG